UUCCCUCCCGGCACUCUCCUUCCUACCUCGCCCGGAAGGACGCACUUCCGGCGGAUGUGAGGGGGCGGGCCACGGAAACGGAAGUGAGCGGCGGGCCGGCUGGCGGUAACGGGGUUGAGAGGUGGUGUGGACAGCGGGCUGAAGAUGAAUGCCAGAGGACUUGGAUCUCAGCUAAAGGACAGUAUUCCAGUUACUGAACUUUCAGCAAGUGGCCCUUUUGAAAGUCAAGAUCUUCUUCGGAGAGGAUUUCCUUGUGUGAAAAAUGAACUUUUGCCCAGUCAUCCUCUUGAAUUAUCAGAAAAGAAUUUCCAGCUCAACCAAGAUAAAAUGAAUUUUUCCACAUUGAGAAACAUCCAGGGUCUGUUUGCUCCACUAAAAUUACAGAUGGAAUUCAAGGCAGUGCAGCAGGCUCAGCGGCUUCCAUUUCUUCCGAGUUCAAACUUUUCACUGGAUAUUUUGAGGGGUAAUGAUGAGACUAUUGGAUUUGAAGAUAUUCUUAAUGAUCCAUCACAAACUGAAGUAAUGGGAGAACCACACUUGAUGGUUGAACAUAAACUUGGUUUACUGUAACACAGUUGUGCUGUUAAUGAAAAUAGGGACUGCUUCUUGUUUAUAGUUGUGUUUCUACUAUAAUUUGAUGUACACAACAUUAAAAGUACUGACAUGUGAGAAUUUUUGCCUAAAUAGUAUCAGUGAUCAUUUGAAAUUAUUUGGUUCUUUGGUUCAUGGCCAUGUGACAAUUGAGAACACUAAAGGAAGACAAUUUUAAAGCUAGUUUUAUAUUAAAACAUUGGCCGUCUAAGUCUUUAAAAACUCAUUGCUAAUGAAUAUUAUAAAUCUGCCUGCAAGUUCCAAAUAAACCCAUUUUCUAGGUAUUCCUUAAAUUUAAUUUUAAAUAGUCAUUAUCUAUAUCUGAAUGUGCAGCCUUCAUAGUAGCAUCUUUCAGAAUAAAUAAUUGUAAUUGAUUUUACUGGCAACUUCAAGUUAAGAGCAGAAUAUGAUGUUUACAGUUUAUCCUGUUUCAGUAUCAGCCAUUAAUACUCAUAAGAAUAUAUGCUUUAUUGAUAACUAUUUUAAAUUACAACCAUUCUUUGAUUCUUUCAAGUUGAAAACCAUAAGUUCAGAGGUUUUGAUUUUGGUCUUGUCUUUAAAGUGAAAAAAUUAAAAAGUAACCAGCAGAA